AAUCUAUUGACUGACUGUCAAACUCAUUUUUCAGUAUCCCAUUGCUUUCAUUCAUUCCAAAAUCAAAAUUUCAUCUAGAAUAUUUCUCAGCAAGUGCUUUUAAUAUUUCGAAUAACCUAACAAAAUGGCUAGUGCCGCUGCUAAAUUACCUUCUUUGAUCAACUCCGCCAUCGCCCAGGCUCGACCAAAAUUCAAUAUUUUUUUGAAAUAUGCACGAGUUGAAUUGGCCCCACCAAAAGCGAGCGAAAUCCCGCAAAUUAAGGCUGGUAUUGCUAAACUGCUGUCAAGUGCUAAAUCAGGUGCAUGGAAACAGCAGACAAUCAAACAGGCAACCUUGAACACACUAGUCGGCGCUGAGGUUCUGUUCUGGUUCUACGUCGGUGAAUGCAUUGGCAAACGUCACCUUAUUGGCUACGAUGUUUAAAUUUUAUUAUAAGUUCAACUCUGUAGAUAUUAUUUUCAGCGAAAUAAAUUAUUAAAUUGU